AUGAACAACAAUGAGAACAUGAGCGGAAGCGCAGACUACUUGCGUGUCCGUGUCCAACCUGAAGAAGACCUAAUCAGCGACCAUACCAGGAGCUACCUGGACAUUGUCUUCUAUGUGGUGCUCCAGGGGGUAGUUACCUUGUGCGGGUGCGCCUUUAACGUGUUGAACAUCGUCGUGUUUGUCAAACAG